CUCUCUCUCUCAAUGGACAAAACCGUCGGAGAAUUGUGGAAACCGGAGGCGCUUUUCCGACCACCGGAGACGCCAGUGGAGCCCAUGGAGUUCCUAUCGAGGACGUGGAGCGCCGCCGCUCUGGAAGUCUCUAGAGCCGUCGCGUCGCCGCAGAUGCGCGUCGCCGAUAUCCGUGGCGAGGAUGACGUCACGCCGGCGCCGGAGGAUGACGUCACGAUGGUGCGUGGGGAAGAGAGCGGCGUCGUUUCUGGGAACCCCUUCUCGUUCGCUUCAUCGGAGACUUCUCAGGUGGUCAUGGAACGUAUCAUGUCUCAGUCACCGGAGAUUGCAUCGCCGAGGACUUCAGGGAGGCUUUCACAUAGUUGCAAUUCGUUUUCAGACAGCCCUCCGGUCUCUCCCUCCGAUUUCAAGCACUUCUACCGCAUUAACCCAUCCGUCAACGCCCAUUUACAUCACUCACCCUCCGCCGCCGCCUCCGGCAGCAGUGGCUCCAAGACCGUCGGACGGUGGCUGAAGGAUCGGAGGGAGAAGAAAAGGGAGGAGGCGCGGGCCCAUAACGCCCAGCUCCACGCCGCCGUGUCCGUCGCCGGAGUUGCGGCGGCCGUAGCGGCGAUCGUCGCCGCGGCCGCAGCUCAGUUGAGUUCCGGAAAGGACGGAGAAAUGGCCAGGACGGACAUGGCGGUGGCCUCCGCCGCGACGCUGGUGGCGGCGCAGUGCGUGGAGGCGGCGGAGGCGCUUGGGGCCGACAGGGAGCAGUUGGCCGCCGUCGUUGGCUCCGCCGUGAAUGUCCGCUCCGCCGGAGAUAUCAUGACGUUGACCGCCGCGGCGGCCACAGCAUUGAGGGGAGCAGCUACACUGAAGGCGAGGGCGUUGAAGGAUGUAUGGAACAUUGCGGCCGUAAUUCCAGUGGAUAAAGGAACGGCAGUGGGAGGUUCGUGCGUUGGUUAUGGCGCCGAGUUCAUUCCUGAUGAUACUCUCUUUGGCAUGUGCAACAGAGAUUUGCUCGCCAAAGGCUGUGGACUGCUCAAGCGCACCCGCAAAGGCGAUCUUCAUUGGAAAAUAGUUUCGGUAUAUGUGAACAGAACAAACCAGGUAAUGUUGAAGAUGAAGAGCAAACAUGUCGCCGGGACCAUCACGAAGAAGAAAAAGAAUGUGGUAGUGGAUGUGGUGAGGAAUAUUCCGGCAUGGCCUGGCAGAGAGUUGAUGGGGGGCGGGGAGAAUCUGAGGUAUUUCGGGCUAAAGACAAUGGAGAGAGGAGUGAUUGAGUUCGAGUGCCGAAGCCAAAGGGAAUAUGAUCUUUGGACAAAAGGUGUUUCCAUGCUCAUAUCCUCUGUUUCAGAUAGAAGGUGCGGACGUUGAGAGCAAAAAGGGCGGUGGAUUUUGUGUGAAUCAGAAAGGAAAAUUGGGGGGAAGAGGAGGGGUAAAACGGAUAUUUUCACUUUUUAUGGGGUGAUUGUGUAAUAGUGUAAUACAUGAAAUGUGGACCUUUCUGAACAAGAAUAGAUCUUUGUGGGAGAAAAUAUAAUUAUAUAUAUCUUCCUUAUUUUGUAAGUUUGGGGCUGAUUUGGUUUCGCAUUGUAAUUGGGCUGAUCUAUUGGGCCUAAGAAAUUGGGCUUUGAAGCCCAACUAGUGCCAUGGAUACCGGAGGGUUAUUUGGUAAA